AUGAGUUUCUUUGCCAUGCACUGUUUCUACCGUUCUUUACAGAAGAAUGUUGAAUUGCUGACCGGCGUGCUCCAGCCAAGUAUGCUGCUUGAACUAAAGAACGUCGAUGGCAAGGUCAUCACCCAAGUGACCAACGACGCAUCGACCCUAGCGGAUCUGCAGGUGAAAGACGGCAUGAUUUUGCACGUGAUCGACACUACCGGUGCCGCCUCCGAGCUUGAUGACUUGUCGCGAGUACCGAAGUAUAACAUUUCCGACGAAGAGUACCAGAAGCGACAAAGUUUACUACGUCACUUUCUUGUUCGCAAAGUUCACUUUAAGGCCGGCGUAUGGAUCGGGAUAACAUACGAUGAACCGCUUGGAAAACACGACGGCUCUGUCGACGGCCAACGAUAUUUUCAGUGCCAGGACAAACAUGGAGUGUUCGUUAGCCCUAGGAACGUGAUCAUAACUGAUGAGGCUGAGGUGGAAGCUGAAAAGAUGGACGAGUUGUGA